AUGGAGGAAAAAUACGACAACGUUCUCUUUUCACUGGCGAAAUCACUGCCUGGAGGUAUUCCAGAGCUUUUCGAUGUUUUCUUCAGUUUUUUGGCGAGGAAAACUGACUUCUAUUCUGGUGCUGGAAUCGAAGAAGCUCGAGCUCUGAUGACGACGUAUUUUGAGAAACAUGGCAAGGAAGCUUUUGAGAAAGCUGCAGAAUUAAAGAAAAAACGAGAAGAAGAGGAGAGGAAACUUGCUGCUAAACGAGCAGCUCAGAAGGCCAAAGAGGAGGCAGAAUUUAAGGCAGCUCAGCAGCAAGCAAACAGUACCAGUAAGAUUGAAGAGAUAUCGGAAGCAGAAGCUGCAGAGUUUGAAAAGAAGCACGGUGAAAAGCGGAUUGUGAAUGAAAAAGAAAGCGCUGAGGAGAAGAAAACUGACGACAAGGAGCCAUCAGGUAGCGCAGAUGAUGAUGAUGAAGGAACCGGCUUAAUGCCAAAUUCGGGAAACGGUGCAGAUAUGGAGCAUUAUAGCUGGACUCAAACUUUGGCGGAAGUAGAGGUGCGAAUUCCAUUCAAAGUUGGAUUCCCCCUCAAAUCGCGUGACAUUGAAGUAAAAAUAGGGAAACAUUAUAUUCAUGUUGCUCUGAAAGGACAUCCUCCAGUUAUCGAUGGUCAACUACAUGAGGAAAUCAAAACUGAGUCGUCAGCUUGGGUGCUCGAAGACAAGAAAAACGUGACGAUCACUUUUGAGAAGUUGAAUCAGAUGACUUGGUGGACGCGACUUGUGAAAGGUGAUCCGGAGAUAAAUACCAGAAAAAUUGUGCCUGAGAACUCGAAACUAUCCGACUUGGAUGGUGAAACCAGGAAAAUGGUAGAAAAAAUGAUGUACGAUCAACGCCAGAAAGAACUAGGGCUUCCAACGAGCGAAGAGAAGCAGAAGCAUGACCUUAUCAAAAAGUUUAUGGAACAACAUCCUGAAAUGGAUUUCUCGAACGCGAAGUUUGGCUAA